ACGAAUCUUUCUUCUGCUCGAACAUUGGCUUUUAGUUGUGUGUUCGUCAAGUUAUCAAGAAUUAAAAACGAUUAAUUGAAAAAAUGGUCUUUUCAGAUUUAAAAACUGAUGAGGGUCUUAAAUCGCUUGACGAGCACUUAGCCGAUCACAGCUACAUUGAAGGUUUUCAACCCUCUCAAGCUGACACAACUGUUUUCAAAGCGUUAUCUAAAACUCCAGAUUUUAAAUAUCCUCAUGCAUUGCGGUGGUACAACCAUAUCAAGUCAUUUGGAAACGGUGUCACUAGCUUCCCUGGUGUGAAGAAGGAUAUCAGUGCUUUUGUAGCGUCAUCUAGUGCUCCUAAAUCUUCUGCAAAAGUUGAAGCAGGUGAUGAUGAUGACAUUGACUUGUUUGGGUCUGAUGAAGAGGAUGCAGAAGCAGAGAAGUUGAAGGAAGAACGGCUGAAGCAGUAUCAAGAAAAGAAGGCAAAAAAACCUGGUGUUAUAGCAAAAUCUAGUGUGGUGCUCGAUGUCAAACCUUGGGAUGAUGAAACAGAUAUGGCUGAAAUGGAGAAGAAAGUGAGAAGUGUUGAAUGUGAUGGUUUAAAAUGGGGAGCCUCUAAACUGAUUCCACUUGCCUAUGGUAUUAAAAAGCUACAGAUAAUGUGUGUUGUAGAAGAUGAAAAAGUUAGUAUUGAUUGGCUUCAAGAAGAAAUUCAAAAUUUUGAAGAUCAUGUUCAAUCUGUAGAUAUAGCAGCUUUCCAAAAAAUAUAAUUUUGUUAAAUAAAUUUUUCUAUUCACUGCA